UAAAGCAAAUAACAUUAAAUGGCUGAUUUUCUUCCUUAUAAGGCAGAAUAUGCCAAAAGUGACCGCAGUAGUUGUAAAGCAUGCAAAGCUAAAAUAAACAAAGAUACCUUAAGGAUUGCUGCAGUGGUUCAGUCACCUUCAUUUGAUGGGGUUAUACCAAAAUGGUAUCAUUACAUAUGCUUUUUUGCAAAGCAAAAACCUAAAGCUGUGGGGGACAUUGAGAACUUUGAAAACCUAAGCUGGGAUGACCAAGAGAAAAUUAGAGAGAAAGUUGCAAGUAUCGCCAGUGGAGCGGAGGUGGAGGCGGUCAAUGGCAAGGGCAAGAAGGCCACUAAGCGGGGAGCUGGCGGGGCCAAGAAGGGGGGCGGGGGCAACAAGCAGUUCAAAUGUGAGUUGGCCAAGUCCAGUCGGUCUACUUGCCGUGGUUGCCACGAGACCAUCAUGAAGGGAGAGCUGAGAGUGGCGAAGAUGGACUUUGAGAGUGACGAGGGCAGGAGGUAUGGUGGAGUGCCACUGUGGCACCACACCGACUGUUUCGUUAAACUGAGAUCGGACCUGAGUUUCUGGGAGUGUGGCUCCAACAUUGACGGCUACAGCAGCCUCGACAGUGACAACCAACAGAAGCUGAAGUCCUCUCUGCCACCGAUGAAACCCUGUGAGGGAGGAGAUGAGGCGGACGGGGCUUCUGCUCCCAAAAAGAUAAAGGCAGAACCUCAGAGUGAUGCUGACAAGGAGAAGAUGAAGAAACAAGUGCAGACGUUACUGAAGUACACCAACUUCCUCAAAACACUGACACGUCCACAGAUAGCUGAAAUAAUGGAAGAGAACAAGGAACAAGUGAUGACACAGUCUAAUAAUAUAGAGCGUAUAACUGAUGCGAUGGCGUUCGGCUGGCCCCGGGACUGCAAGAAGUGCAAAUCUGGGAAGUUGGAGUGGAAGAGUCUGGAGGGAGGCUACAAGUGCAACGGAAACCUGACAGAGUGGGUGCAGUGUGACAAUGUUGACGUCAACCCCAAGCGCCGACCUUUCGUCAUUCCCGACUCGUUGGCGGAAGAGUUCGCUUCCAUAAAGUUCAAGCCAAAGACGGGGACCAGGUUAAUUAGAACAGAGGAGAGAUCAAUAGUCCUCAAUCCUGGCCCAUCGACCUCAUCAGAGCCAAAAAUCAAAAGUGAUCGCAAUCUUCCACUGAAAAACAUGGAGUUUGUGAUUCUUGGGAAAACAGAGACCAGCAAGGAUGAGUUGAAGAAGGAAAUUGUCAAAAUGGGCGGGAAAGUCGUUACAAAGAUACACAAGAAGUUAGCCGCUGUGAUUUCUACUCAAGAGGAAGUGGACAAGAUGAGCAAGCGCAUGGAAGAGGUGGAGGAUGCCAAAAUCCAGGUGGUACCGGAGUCAUUCUUACAGGAGAGUGUGGCCGGGAACGCUAUUGAGAACAUCUCCCGUCUCAACAUGGCUGGCUGGGGCUCUGACGCUAAAAAGCGUCUGGCAGGAAUAGAGUCAUUGAAGUCUGGAAGCUUAGGAAAAAGCAGCUUCUCCAAAAGUGGCAAGUCGUCCAAGGUGACUCUGAAGGUGAAGGGGGGUUCUGCUGUGGACCCCGAGAGCGGACUGGAGGAUGUCGCUCAUGUCUACUCCAAGGACAAGGAUGUCUACUCGGCUGUGCUCAGUCUCACGGACGUUGUCAAGGGCACCAAUAAGUUUUACAGGAUACAGGUGCUGGAGGCCGACAGCAAGAACAGGUACUGGGUAUUCAGGGCGUGGGGUCGCAUCGGCACCACUAUCGGAGGUACCAAGCUGGACAACUGCUCUAGCCUGCAAGAGGCUCUCAGACUAUUCAAGUCCAAGUACGAGGAUGAAACAGGAAACGUGUGGGAGAACCGGCACAACUUCAAGAAGAUGCCCCACAAGAUGGUGCCCAUGGACUUGGACAUGGGGGUGGAUGAAAGCGACAAUGUACAGCUGAAGAUGGAGAGCGAUGUGGACUCUAAACUGCCAAAACCAGUCCAUGACCUCGUUGCUAUGCUCUUCAAUGUUGACACCAUGAAAAAAGUUAUGUUGGAGUUUGAGCUCGACUUGGAGAAGAUGCCACUGGGGAAGAUCAGCAAGAAGCAGAUCAACGUGGCUUACACUGUCCUCUCGGAGCUACAGAGGGUGCUGGAGAAAGAGAACAACAAGCUGGUGAUCACGGAUGCUACCAAUCGCUUCUAUACUCUUAUACCUCACGACUUCGGCAUCAAGCAGCCUCCACUGCUGGACAACGUAGAAAUCAUCAAGAGUAAGCUGGAGAUGCUGGAGAGCCUGCUGGAGCUGGAAGUAGCAUACAGUUUGAUGAAGAGCUCCGGGACAGGAGACGGAGAGAGCUCUGUACACCCUGUGGACGUUCACUACCACAAGCUCAAUGCUGACAUAGAGCCCCUGCCCAGAGACUCGGAAGAGUUCACUAUACUGGAGAAGUAUGUGAAGAACACCCAUGCUGCAACCCACACCCAGUACAGCUUGCAGAUAGAAGAGAUCUUCAAAGUUAAGAGGCAUGGCGAGGAAAAGCGAUUCAAACCCUUCAAGAAACUGCACAACAGAAAACUGCUAUGGCACGGUUCCAGGCUUACCAACUUCGCAGGGAUCCUGUCUCAGGGCUUGCGUAUCGCACCUCCCGAGGCCCCUACCACAGGCUACAUGUUCGGCAAGGGUGUGUACUUCGCUGACAUGGUCUCCAAGUCUGCCAACUAUUGUAUGACCAGUGCUACCAACAACACUGGGCUGAUGCUGUUGUGUGAGGUGGCGUUGGGUGACAUGUACGAGCGCACACACGCGGAGUACGUGGAGAAGCUGCCACCAGGUAAACACAGCUGCAAGGGAGUGGGAGCGACUUGGCCGGACCCGGACGAGAAACAUGUUAUGGACGACGGACUGGAGAUUCCGUUCGGCAAACCUGUUGUGAAGAAGGAGCGCCAUCAGACUUCGCUGCUUUACAACGAGUACAUCGUGUACGACGUCGCUCAAGUGAAAGCCAGAUACUUGUUCAAAAUGAAGUUCGACUACAAGUUCUAGUUUUCCCGUUCCUCAUUGUACAGUCGACUGUUGUUCGUGUUUCGUCGAUUUUCAUUACAUUCUUGAAUAUUCAGUGUAAAACCACUGUGUUAAACAUUUAAGUUUCAAUUAAUAGAAACAGUUUUCUAUUCAAUAAAAGACUUGUGUACAAUAAAUUGGUUUUGUAGUUUUCUGUGGUUCACUUUGUUUUGUCAACUAAUCUCACAGUUCCCACAGGAUUUACUUACAACAAAGUUUGAGAUACACGAUACACACAGACUGCUAUAGUAAAUACUACUAUCAGAGUCUGCUAGUCUCCGUGUCAAUAAAUAUUUACUGUCAUUUGUAAUACAUUUUAGAGGUGAACAUUCCGAUUUACUUGUCAACUAUAAAUUUUCAGAAAUGCCACAAUUUUAUACAAUCUAGUGUAGUUACCUAAUAUAAUGUACAAUUUAAACUAUUCGUUAUGUUCUGUUUAAUUUGUUUUAGUGUUUAACUUACUUUACUUAUUUAAGUUUUAACUAAGCAAACUUUUGCUAUGUUAAACCAUUAUUUCUGAUACAUUAAAUAUAUAGUGAAUAUUGUUUAGAAGAUGUUUGUGUUUAUCUACCAAAUAUUCAGUUGUACUAAAUGUUGUGCAAAGCAGCUAUCUCAUAUUUUGCUUGUUUCUUAUUGUUUCAUUGUUUUUAUUCUUAAGUGGGAAAUAAUUAAACAUAAUGAAAGUAUCCAUGAUUUUUCAGGGAAGGGGUGGAACUUGAAGAUUUCCACCACUGUUAUAGAAAACAUUAUGUAGUUCCUAUAACAGGAUUAUUUAACAAGUCAAGUCUCUUCACAUUCCAUUAGGCUAAUAGCCUUUCCAACUUUUAUAUUUUAUCAUUAAAUAAUUAAAUUUUACAUCAAUAUCCUGUUAUAAUAUUUAUUCGAAUAUCAGAUGUUGACAAAGUUUACAUACUUUUUCACUAGUAUGUAUAGAGAAAAAGUUUUUCAACAGGAGUUUAUAUAUUAAAAUUACACAAAUUUCUGACAUUUUUUCAGCGCAUUUAUUGUUGUUUUUAUUUCUCCACGAAAUAUACCAUAUGUUUGUUGAGUUAUUAUUGUGUGUGUAUUAUUUUGUUUGAAUUGUGUAAUAAAUAAGACCUAAUUA